CCGCCAGCAUGGGUCGAACACCAGCAAAGAGAAGUAUCGAGCAGGUUGACCUCACCGGUGACGGUGACGAAGCAUCUCCCCGCACUUUACCAUCAAAGUCGCCUCGUACUCCCAAUGGCCAGCGGUUUGGGCAAGACACGACCUUCGUGCCCCCCAGUCAGUCUUCGCAGGUCUAUGGAGGCGAAGAUGAAGACGAUGCACAGGCGGCAGAUCUGAUUCAAGGUAGUCAGGAUGUUGAUGACUCCUCGAUCGGGACUUAUAUACAUUAUGGGGACCUGCAGACCAAGAUCGUGGGUGUCCGUUAUUAUCGAGGACAUGCCACCAUUGGUGAGCAUGUCAGGAUCCAGCGGGACAUUGGGAAUGCUUAUGACUCGAAUGCCAUACGUGUGAGCAAUGUUAUGGGAGCACAGAUUGGGCAUAUUCCACGAACGAUGGCAGCUAAGCUGGCCAAGUACAUGGAUGAUAGGUCGUUGGUUGUUGAAGGCGUUCUGACGGGCGUGAUCGGUGUCUAUGACUGUCCGAUAUCUUUGAAGCUGUUUGGCACGAACCAUCCUGAAGCUAGACAGGCGCUGAAAAGCAGGAUGGAGGCCGACAGGUUGCCACUGGGUGCGUUUAAGCAGAACGAGCGCAACGAGCGAAACCGACAGAAGGAACGUGAAAAGGCGAUGAAGGAUGCGGCUAAACUGGCUCGCUCACUUGCGAAGGGCAAAGACCAGCAGUGGCAAGCUGAGAACGUAUUUGGCUAUUCCAACCUCUUCACUGGGGAGGGGCUUGUCGAAGGCCAGAACCUCGAAGAACUCAUUGGCCAGAGCAGCGCAUUUAAUCCCCGGGAUAUUGGCCAGGUGGCAGAAGAUUUCGGCAUGAAGGAAUCAGACUUGGAGAAUAUGCCGAUGGCCGAAACUCCAGCCGCUCUGGCAACCCAGCUUCUUCCUUACCAGCGCCAGGGGCUCGCCUGGAUGACAGCCAAAGAGAACCCAAGUCUUCCUGGCGACGGCGGGGAUGUCGUGCAGUUGUGGAAAAAGAAUGGCAACAAAUACACCAACAUUGCUACCAACUAUUCUAUGUCUCAGGCUCCACCUCUGGCUAGCGGUGGCAUAUUGGCCGAUGAUAUGGGGUUGGGCAAGACGAUUCAAAUUAUCUCGUUGAUACUGGCCAAUUCCCAGCCGAAGACCCCAGAGUCCUCCAGCACUACGUUGAUCGUGUCCCCGGUAGGUGUGAUGAGCAACUGGAGAAACCAGGCGCGGGAUCAUACCCAUAGCGACAAGGCUCCAAAGGUGCUCAUCUACCAUGGCCAAGGGAAAAAGGAAGCAGGCAACCUUGACCAGUAUGACGUGGUUGUCACGAGCUAUGGUGCUCUGGCCAUGGAGUACAGUCCGAAUGCGAAAGCUCCUCCGAAGAAGGGCCUCUUUUCAGUCCAUUGGCGUCGCGUCGUCCUCGAUGAAGGCCAUACGAUUCGCAACCCGCGGUCCAAGGGGUCCCUGGCAGCUUGUAAUCUGAGGGCGGGCUCGCGCUGGACUCUUACCGGAACUCCCAUCAUUAACACCCUCAAGGAUCUCUACUCUCAGGUGCGCUUCUUGAGACUUUCUGGUGGUCUCGAAGACCUGGCCGUCUUCAACAGCGUCUUGAUCCGGCCCCUCGUGUCCGGAGACCCCGAUGCCCGUCUGCUACUUCAAGCUCUGAUGACCACUAUCUGCCUACGUCGCAGAAAGGACAUGAACUUUGUGAACCUGCGUUUGCCACCGCUCACCUCGCGCAUUCUACGCGUCAAGUUCCACCCUCACGAGCAGGAGAAAUACGAUCUCUUCCAGUCCGAGGCAAAGGGGAUGCUUCUUGAUUUCAAAAACAAAGACAAAACUACGGCCACCUACUCUCAUCUGCUUGAGGUUAUUCUGCGCCUGCGUCAGGUCUGCAACCACUGGGCACUCUGCAAGAACCGACUCGACAAGCUCUCCGACCUUCUCGAGAACAACAAAGUCGUUCCCUUGACUCCUGAAAACAUCAAAGCCCUCCAGGACUUGCUACAAAUCCGAAUCGAAAGCCAAGACACCUGUCCCAUCUGCCUGGAUAACCUCGAACAACCCGUAAUCACCGCCUGCGCCCACGCCUUCGACCGCGGCUGCAUCGAGCAAGUCAUUGAGCGCCAGCACAAAUGUCCCAUGUGCCGAGCCGAGAUCCAAGACACCUCCACGCUUGUCUCCCCGGCCGUCGAAAUGGGCGAAAGCGUGGACACAGUCGUCGCAGACCCCGACAACCCAAGCAGCAAAAUCGAAGCCCUGAUCAAGAUCCUCACCGCGCAAGGCCAAGCCCCCGGGACCAAAACCGUCGUCUUCAGCCAAUGGACCUCCUUCCUCAAUCUCGUCGAACCUCACCUCCAACGCCACGGCAUCGGCUUCGCCCGUAUCGACGGCAAAAUGACCUCCAUCAACCGCGACAACUCCACCCUCCGCUUCUCCACCGACCCAACCUGCACCGUCCUCCUCGCCAGCUUGAGCGUCUGCAGCGUCGGCCUGAACCUCGUCGCCGCCAACCAAGCCAUCCUAGCGGAUAGCUGGUGGGCCCCGGCCAUCGAAGACCAAGCCGUCGACCGCGUCCACCGACUUGGCCAGAAACGGGAAACCACUGUCUGGCGACUCAUCAUGGAAGACAGUAUCGAGGAUCGCGUCCUGGCCAUUCAGGAAAAUAAACGCAAGCUGAUGCUCGAGGCCUUCCGGGAGACGGCCACAAAGAAAAAGGUCGACGAUCGAGCAACUCGGGUUGCGGAUCUAGAGACACUUCUCAAUUAGCAAAUGCCUUAACUUUACCUAUCGUAUCCCGAAUCUCAUUCCAAUUUCUGUCAUCAUCUUGUGGGAUAAUGGAUUGAUUUGUUAUUUUUAUUCAAAUCCGUCGUUGUCUGAAUACUACCAUUGUCUACAGUGCUUGCUUUUUCUUUUAUUUCGAGGUUUGCUACCAUCUGGUCGAUUUAAAUUCUCUGUUUCGAUAUCUAUCUCAUUAUCGUCUAACGGGUCGAGGGUAGAGUCCGAUCCCAGCAUUCAAAAGAUCAAAG